CGAGAAUUACUACUGAGAGCCGGAGCCCGUGACCCUCCGCCUCGCCCCCAACCCUCCGCGAAGGAAGGGACACCGCGCCCGGCCUGGCGGCGCCCGUGGAAGGAAGGGAGAGCGGUCUCCGCCCCGCGCCCAGGACCGCUCUGGAGGGAGAAGCCGCCGGGUCGGCAGCCCGCCCGCCGCCGCGGAGACCCGUGAGGCCUUCUGGAGCCCAAGGCUGCCCACCUUCCGUCUUCUGCCGCUGUCCGUGGCUUGUGCACGUGCCCUGCACUGAUUGUUUGCUUAGGAAAGCGCCAUGCAGCUGGAGAUCAAAGUGGCCCUGAACUUCAUCAUCUCCUACUUGUACAACAAGCUGCCCCGGCGCCGGGCAGACCUGUUUGGGGAGGAGCUAGAGCGGCUCUUAAAAAAGAAAUAUGAAGGCCACUGGUACCCUGACAAGCCACUGAAGGGUUCUGGCUUUCGCUGCGUCCACAUUGGGGAGAUAGUGGACCCUGUGGUGGAGCUGGCCGCCAAGCGGAGCGGCCUGGCGGUGGAGGAUGUGCGGGCCAACGUGCCUGAGGAGCUGAGCGUCUGGAUCGACCCUUUCGAGGUGUCCUACCAGAUUGGUGAGAAGGGGGCUGUGAAAGUGCUAUACCUGGAUGACAGCGAGGGCUGUGUGGCCCCAGAGCUGGACAAGGAGAUCAAGAGCAGCUUCAAUCCUGAUGCCCAGGUAUUUGUGCCCAUUGGCAGUCAGGACAGCUCCCUGUCCAACUCCCCUUCACCAUCCUUUGGUCAGUCUCCCAGCCCCACCUUCAUUCCACGCUCCGCCCAACCCAUCACUUUUACUACUGCCUCCUUCGCUGCCACCAAGUUUGGUUCCACCAAGAUGAAGAAGGGCGGAGGGGCAGCCAGUGGUGGGAGCGUGGCCAGCGGUGGGGCAGGUGGCCAGCAGCCCCCACCGCCGCAGCCUCGCCUGGCCCGCUCUCCCACCAACAACCUGCUGAAGCACAAGAGCCUCUCUCCGUCUGUGCACUCACUGAACUUCGUCGCCCCCAACCCGGCCCCGCAGUCCCAGCUCUCGCCCAAUGCCAAGGAGUUCGUGUACAAUGGCGGUGGCUCGCCCAGCCUCUUCUUUGAUGGGGCCGAUGGCCAGGGCAGUGGGGCCGGCACCUGCAACAGCAGCAGCUUCGACAUGACCCAGGUGUUCGGAGGCGGUGCCAACAGCCUCUUCCUGGAGAAGACGCCCUUCGUGGAAGGCCUCAGCUACAACCUGAACACCAUGCAGUAUCCCAGCCAGCCGUUCCAGCCCGUCGUGCUGGCCAACUGACCACCCCCCUGCCUGCGGGGCCAGGAGCACCCAAGACCACAGAAGAGAAAAAGGAAAGGAAAGGCCAAAAAAAGAGGAAAAGAAAUAUACGAAAAUAUUCCCAAUCUUCUCACUCUCACUUCUAGAGAAAAGAGGCAGCCGAGGCACCUGAAUCGUGUUUAACGCAACCUCCUUGCUGUUUUCCUGCCUGCCUAUGAUUUAUUUGGUUGGUUUGGGGUUUGUUUUUUCUUUUGUUUUUUUCCUUACAUGUAGUUUUCUAUAUAACAUCUUUAAUUAGUGGCUUCCUGUGCUAAGAAUGGUCCUGAUGUGAAUUGCUGCUCCGUCCCUUUCUUCCUCCCUCCCUCCUUCACACACCUGGUUUAGGAUUGGUGUGUUCAAGCUCACAGGAGCCACAGCUGGGGCCUGGCCCUCAGAACAGGGAGAGGCUGUCCCCUGUCACUGUAUCCAUCACCCAGCUAACCUCUCACUCAGAGCCAUCCGACCUCAGCAGGCCUUGUGUCCUGCCACCCAAAUAGGUCUGGCCCAAGCCCCGCUCCUCAGGCAUGGGUCACAGGGAGCUGCUGGCUGGCCGCUUGACACCCUCCCCCCAGAGCUGACGUCUGACUCCAGGGAGGUAGCCCUCUAUUGGAAUUCCUUUCAUCUCUGUCCUGUGGCCCGCACACCACCAUUCCCACCUGGCGUCCCAGACUACACCGUGGCCCUGGAGACACAGCCGCUGAUAUGUGUGGCCUCUCAGGCAGCCUUUUCUUCCCUGGGCCUGUGAGGUGUGAGUAGGGAGGUGGGGGCCAGUAUGCGAUGAUUUGCUAUCCUACUUUAAAGAAUUCCAAGCCAUGUGAAACUCCCCCCGUCCCGUCCGCCCCCCAUGUGAUUCUGGGUUGUAGCAAAUGCUUAUUUAUGUUUGAGGUGGGGGAAUAGGCUAGGGCGAUUGUCAGGCCUUUUGUAGGGUGGGUCACAUGGUGGGUGAGACUGGCUGAGCCUGAGACAAUCCCAGGGGAAAGCACUGCAGGAGGAACUGGUUUCCGGACUGCAGAGGGAUCUGCACUUUUGUAUUUGACCAAAAAAAAGGGGGGGAGGGUAGCUGUGAGGGGCUGAGGGGAAUACCCAGCCUCUGAUGCCUAAGAGAAGUCCCUGGACCCUCCUGUUGUGUGACUAGCCCAGGGUGGGAGCUGCUCACCUAAGCACCCUGGGGUGGGAAUUCUGAAUCAGUGCCUGUAGUGGGCAGCCCUGAGCCUUGAAUUGAGACUUUUGGGUCCUUUGGCUGUAGAUGUUGUCGUGCACUUCUGCCCCUGCCUGCUUGGGAACAUUUUGGUACCUCUUGCCCAUCCCCUCUCACUGCCCGACCUAACGCCACUGGCCUUGAUGCCAGAGGAGUGGUCUGGGCAGGCCAGGCUUAGCCACUGAAGCUGGGGCAUUUGGAUAUAGAAGAGCAUUUGCUCCCCACCUCUGCCAGAAGAGCUGUUUCUCCAACCCAACCGUAGUGGGCCAGCUUCCAUGCCAUGAUGCUUUGGCAAGUGGGGCACAUGGCAUCAGGGCCCCCAUCACUGGAAAGUUCCAAAGCCCUCGGCACCCCACCCCAUCCUCCCCAGCGACCCAAGUGGGCAACUGCUCUGGCAGUGGGUCCAGCCCAGAUAGACACUGCCAGCCUUCCCCGCACUGGGCACCAGCUCUACCUCCCCCAGCAGGGCAGUGCCCUGCCUCCUCAGCCCAGCACCAUCUGUCCCCUUAGACUCCUCAGGGGCCAGCCCAAUCUGGGCCACCCUCUCUCCCCAGCCCUUGGCUCCCACGCAGGUGACAGGCCCAGGCAGGUUGCUGCUCCCUGGGAAAGGUUGGAUGCUGCCUUAUGCCCCCUCCCCGCUCCCUCCUCCCAAACUCACGCACACAGGUACCCCCCCUAUACCUGGUCAGCUUGUUUUCUCGCCACAUGUAGGGAGAGGGCGAGACCAACCCCUUAGUGUCUUGAAAUACGAAGAAAAAUGUGUGUUCAGGAGCAUGACUCCAGUGCUGGGCUCUUGGGCCCAGUUCAGUCUGUCUUGUCUCAAAUCUAGGCAUUUUUGCUUCAAAUUUUUUUAUUUUAAGAAAACAGAAACAGAAAUCUGCACUAAUUUACCUGGUUUGGUAGGAAAACUUUUUUUUUUAUUUUUUACAUUUUUUGGUGUCCGUUUGUAUUGAAUAAUUUGCUACAUUUGUAAAAUGUAAGAGGUAUAUAUAAUAUAUGUAUAUUUCUAACGUAAAAUGUAAUUUUUUUCUUUUCAAGAUUUUUUCUUAAAAAGAGGAGAGAAACAAAGAUAUUUUUUCAGGAAAAACAAACUUUAAAAUAAAAAAGAGGAGAAUAAAACCUUUUUCUCCCCUUUCCCCAUCCUCUAUCUACCCCUCUUUCCAGGAACAAAUCAAAAGGUGGAUCAUCUUGUAAAGAGUGUAAACUUUUAGUCCAGAAUGAUGUAUUUUUCUCAAUGCAGUGAGCUCUAGAUUCUCUAGUUUGACCCUUAGGGAUGGGAAGGGGGCAUUGAGGCAAUGUGGAGAGGGGCUUGGGGAGCAGGGCAAUGAACUUGUUUUCUUUAGUGAAGGAGGAAUACAAUCAGCGUUUUGUAUUCAGAAUGUUGUGCAAUAUUUUGGAAUGGGACAUUGGUGUGUUUAGAGAUUUAGUUUAAAAAACAAAACAAAAGAUUGAUCAAAUCUGUACAGUUUAUAUUGUUCCAGAUUUUUUUAAGUUUGUAUUAAAAGCAUGAUAUAUAAUAGUC